GAAAAUUCCAUCAACAUACUCACUCAGCUUGCAAGAGCAAGAAGUUCAAUUUUGGAGUUUUUUGUAAACUUUUUCUUUAAAGAGGGUCAAAAGGAGGCAUCAAAUAAAGAGAUGGGUUCUUUUUCCUUUCUUCCAAAACCUUCAUUUCUUGGAGUUUUUCUCUUUACUUUUAUUACUUUUGCUCAUCUCCUUGAGCCUGCAUUUGGCAUAACAAGGCAUUACAAGUUUGAUAUUAAGUUGCAAAAUGUGACUCGUUUGUGCCACACCAAGAGCAUUGUGACCGUAAAUGGAAAGUUUCCUGGACCUCGCAUUAUAGCUAGGGAAGGUGAUAAUCUUCUGAUUAAUGUGGUCAAUCAUGUCCAAAACAACAUCUCUCUUCAUUGGCAUGGAAUUAGGCAGCUAAGGAGUGGAUGGGCAGACGGACCAGCAUACAUAACCCAAUGUCCCAUCCAAAGUGGUCAAAGCUAUGUGUACAAUUACACAAUCGUUGGGCAAAGAGGAACCCUUUGGUGGCAUGCACAUAUUUCAUGGUUAAGAUCAACUCUUCAUGGUCCUAUUAUCAUCCUCCCUAAACUUGGUGUUCCUUACCCUUUCCCUAAGCCUUACAAGCAAGUUCCCAUCAUCUUUGGAGAGUGGUUUAAUACUGAUACUGAAGCAAUCAUUAACCAAGCAUUACAAACUGGCGGCGGUCCAAAUGUUUCUGAUGCCUACACCAUAAAUGGCCUCCCCGGACCUCUAUAUAACUGCUCAGCCAAAGAUACAUUCAAAUUGAAGGUGAAGCCCGGCAAAACUUACAUGCUCCGACUAAUCAACGCUGCACUCAACGACGAGCUUUUCUUCAGCAUAGCAAACCACACACUAACCAUCGUCGACGCAGACGCAGUUUACGUCAAACCGUUCCAAACCAAAAUUCUAUUAAUCGCACCGGGUCAAACCUCAAAUGUUCUUCUCAAAACCAAACCCAAAAACCCUAAUGCCAAAUUUUUCAUGACCGCUAGACCCUACGCCACUGGCCAAGGCACUUUUGAUAAUUCGACCGUUGCAGCCAUUCUAGAAUACGAAUCAUCAAAUUCAAAUCUCAAAAAUCUUCCAAUCUUAAAGCCAUCAUUACCCGCUCUUAACGACACAGCGUUUGCUACAAAUUUUACUAAAAAACUUUUUAGUUUAGCAAAUUCACAGUUUCCUGCUAAUGUUCCACAAAAUAUUGAUCGACAAUUUUUUUUCACAGUAGGGUUAGGGACAAAUCCUUGCCCUAAAAACCAAACAUGUCAAGGACCGACAAACAGUACGAUGUUUGCUGCUUCAAUUAAUAAUGUUUCUUUUACAAUGCCAACAAAAGCUUUACUACAGUCACAUUUCACCGGUCAGUCGAAGCGUGUUUAUUCUUCGAAUUUUCCGAUUAGUCCGUUGAUUCCGUUUAAUUAUACGGGUACUCCCCCAAAUAAUACGAACGUCGGAAAUGGGACAAAGGUGGUGGUUCUGAAUUAUAAUACUAGUGUGGAGGUGAUAAUGCAGGAUACUAGUAUUCUUGGUGCUGAGAGUCAUCCUCUUCAUUUGCAUGGAUAUAAUUUCUUUGUUGUUGGUCAAGGGUUUGGUAACUUUGAUCGGAAUAAAGAUCCGGCUAAGUUUAAUCUUGUUGAUCCUGUUGAGAGGAACACUGUUGGUGUGCCCUCCGGUGGAUGGGUUGCUAUCAGGUUUCGUGCUGAUAACCCAGGGGUAUGGUUCAUGCAUUGCCAUCUUGAAGUGCACACAAGUUGGGGUUUGAAAAUGGCUUGGCUUGUCUUAGAUGGAAAGCUUCCCAAUCAGAAGCUUCUUCCUCCACCAGCUGAUCUUCCAAAGUGUUGACAUUUCAGCAACUUCUGAUCAUACAAUCUGACCAUAAAAAACUUCUCAUCAAUUCCAUUUUUUUCACCAAUUUGUUUUUGUAACUUGUAACCAAGUUUUCAUUUGUUGCCCUUUUUUUCAUUUUUAAUUAUGUUUCUUUGUUGAGCAAGUUAUUGUUUAAUAACUUAGCUAACUACCCUCUGUGUAGUUGAGGAAAGAAAUGUGUGUGAGCAAUUUUUUGUAACCUAAUAUAUUAUUAUACUGUGAGAAACCUUAAUAAGAAUAUCAUCAGAUUGAUUUUGAUGUUUUUUUAAAUAA